CACGCUCGCCCUCGCCCUCGUUCCUCCUCUCACUCCCUCCGCGGCUUACUAGAAAGCUAGAAUGGCGUCCACGCCUUCAAAGCCCAAAAAGCCGCGCAUCAAGCCCCCAAAAUCCCGCCCGGUUAAUACAUCGGGCAUUUCUCAGCCUGCCGUGGAGGACGCCUCGUCGACCCACUCCCUCUCGACCUUCUCGCCCGGCGGAGAGCUCUUUGCGUUCCUAUCGCUCGCCGUAGACAAGCAUCGCUUGCGAGUAUAUGACACGACUACCGGCCAGUCUGUCGCUGAACAUGUAUUCGACUCUUCUCGUGUGUCCUCAUCAUGCUGGGCUCGCUUCGACACUUCACAAUCUGAGGACGAACCCAAGAGGAAGAGGAAGCGAAAGAACCAGGACGAAGGUGACAGCACUGUCAAGCUAUCUAUCCCCGGGGUUUUACUGGGUCUGAACAGCGGCUCUGUUGUUCUCUUCUCCCCCGCACACGGAAAGGUGGUCAAGACAAUAUCUCAUUCUUUGAGUACCGCUGCUCUUGUGUCUAUUGCUAUAGCCGAAGACCAGAGCAGCGAAUGUACACACCUAUGGACAUCUGGCGCGGACGGCGUCUGCGCUUGUGGAGCCUGGAAGAGUGAGGAGCGAAUACCGUAUUCCUGCAUUGCUGUCAGGCCAUUGGUUCCAGAAGAAAUCGAGGACACGAGCGAAGUCUUGGCUGCCAACUAUGCCAUUCACCUCCUGACGGUGGCGUCGCGGCCAGACUCCUCCCUUGAUGCACCAUCGAAGCCGAGGAAGACAGCCUCGUUUACUGGACAUGCAUCUCCGGUCAAGAGCUUACAGUGGGACUCUCCAUCGCGCUUCCUGUCUGCUGCUGAGGCGGAUCGCUUUGUAUAUCUGUGGGAUGUCCCUCAAGAAGGCUCUUCUUCUUCAGAGGGCCAUGUCACUGCUUCGCUUCCGUUGGACUCGGAUGUGCGAAUGAUUACCCUUUCAUUACAGCCUUCGUCGAACUCGAGUACGCUGCUCGCCGUCUCCACGUCUGGCCGUGUGGCCAUUUUCCCUCUCGAAGCGAGUCUUGCUUCGUCCGCGUCUUCGAAAGCGAAGUCGAAGAUCCCCACGCUCUCUCCAAGGUCAACUAUUAGCGUCUCCGCUUCAAAGAAGCAGGCCGAGAUACGCUCUGACAUAGUUGCUGCGACUUUUGUCGGUCCACAGGACGGCAAGGUUCGCAUUGCUAGAUUGGCCGGCGGCGCGAGGCCUGUUUUCGAAGUUGUUGAAUACCUUGACGCAUCGGGAGAUUUCGUCCAGGACGUCGUCAUUGCGCCACUACCCGCCGGGGUGGGCCUCGUCUCAGAUGCAGAUGAGUUUAUAGGUGCUCCGACAACUCGUUACGCCGAAUCCUCCUUGAUCGCCGUUCGCUCCGGUAAUGAACUCGCUCAGGAUGCCUCUAUGGACGACCUCACCAACCGUGAGAUUGAGGGCGAACUUGACGCUGAGCUCGCCGAGAUGAGUCUGGGCCAGCGACUGACCGCUCUCGCUGGCGAUGCCGCAGCAGCACCCCGGGAGUCUGACAAUGAAGAUGCUCCUUCAAAGUCCGCGCAGAAAGAAAAUACAGUGAUCCAGGCGGUGCCAGCGGCCUCGCUCACUCGUACGCUCAUUCAAGCCCUGCACUCCUCUGACUCUGGUCUCCUCGAGACAUGUCUGGCGCACUCGAACGCUAGCCUGAUACAAAAUACCGUCAAGCGACUGCCUCCGCAACUGGCGGUGCCGCUGGUAACUGCAUGCGUUGAACGACUAGGAAGGGGCAAGAGGGUAGGCAGGGGAAAGGGUGGAGGCGCGGGAGCAGGCUCGCAGAGAGGAGCUGGCCUUGUGCGCUGGAUCAGGGCAGUGCUAAUUGUCCACGGUGGCCACCUCCUUACCAUGCCCGAUCUCGUUGCGCGUCUGUCUGGCCUUCAUGCGACACUAACAUCACGGCUCGCUUUGCAGGAGAGCCUUCUGUCGCUGAGCGGUCGUCUGGACAUGGUCAUUUCGCAAAUAGAGAUGCGUUCCUCAACCGCGCCUGCUCCCCUGACUGUACCCCAGGUGCAAAAAGAGCAGGGGAAAAAGAAGAAGCAGCGCAAGAAGGCCGCGAAGUACGUGGAGGGUGAAAGUGAAGAAGAAGACGAGGACGUCGAGGGUAUGGAGGUUGGGGUAGAGAGUGGCGAUGAUGCUGGCAGCGUAGAAGAUGUCGAGCUGGGUGGAAGCGAUGGAGAGGAGGAGGAUGAUGGAGAGGAGGAAGAAGAGGAUGGAGAUGAAGACGAGGACGAUGAGGACGACGGUGAUGACAGUGACGAAGAAGGCGGUCCUAGGACGAAUGUCGUAUCCAUCCAUUUGCUUUUCGUUUUGUCCCGAGCGGACGAAAUCUGGACGCCUGUAUGGCAUGUGGUGAUGCGGUGA